AGUUUCUGUUAAGCAGAAAAAAUGGUGUUAAACAUGGUAUACGAGUAGUUCUCAAAUGAAAGAAAUGAUUUUGUUCUUCGACAUUGCUAGUAGGAGUCCUCUAUAUUAUUUGUGAAAAAUGAUAAACAAAACAAAACAAACGAACAUGCUAUAAAAACAUAUUUAUAAGAUGAAGCCAUGAGUGAAGAUACAGAAGAAAAGAAGAAACUAGCAGAUUUUGUAAAAUCUGUUCACAGGGAUCUCAGAAAAAAAUUUAAAUCAGGUGAAAAAAGUAUUGGGAGUAUAUGGGAGGAACAUUGUCAGAAUACUGAGAUACUGCAGGACUAUGCGGCGGCAAUGCAGAAACUUGCAACAGAAUACUGGGGUCCUCAGCAGUUGGAGCGGAUUCAGUGGUGUAGAAAAACUUUGCUGGAGUACUUCAAAAGUGGAGGAAUGAAGAAAUGCAUUGAAAAAGAUUCCAAAAGACUUCAAAGAGAGAAGAAGGAAGCCGAGUGCAUCCCUGACAAUUCUGAUGAGUCGUCAGUAUCUUGUAAACGUAUCAACAAGUACCUUGAAAUAAGGAAUCAUAUACCAGAAAGACCACGUGUGCUUGAUGUAGGAAGCUGUUAUAACCCCUUCAAAGACUUGCAAGAGUUUGAAGUCAUUGGAAUCGACCUACACCCAGCUACUGAAGAUGUAUAUCAGUGCGAUUUUUUGAAUUUGGAAAUUUACAAUGUAGAAGAACCUGUCAAGCUGUUCCACACCUUAUCAUCACCAAUUUCUCGUCUACCAUCUUGUGUGUUCAACGUCAUCAUUUUCUGCCUACUUCUGGAAUAUUUUCCCAGCUCCCAACAGAGAUGGAAAUGUUGUGUACAAGCUCACAAACUUUUAGCGCCAGAUGGACUUCUCGUCAUAAUAUCUCCAGACUCCCAUAAACAACACAGGAAUUCAUCAAUGAUUCGCAGCUGGAUCACCGCAAUAACAUCAUUGGGUUUCUCUAAAUGGAAAUACGAAAAACUGGAACAUAUACAUUGCAUAGUAUUUCGGAAAAUGGAAGAUGAAUGUUGUGUGACAGAUGAUAUGGCAGAACUCAUGUACAUACAUCAAGAUGCCUUAAAGGAGGAUUUAGGGGAUGACAACACCGGGCACAAUAAUCCUGUCGUAGAAAGAGAUAACGAAGAAAUUAGACAAGCAAUGUUAGAAUUACCUGGGCUUCCGCUAGAUUUCGAGGAUUGACAAAAAUACCAUUUUGAAAUCAAGCUUUUAUUGGAAUAAAAAAAAAAUGAUGUAUUGCUUUGUUAUGAACUAAACUUUUGGCAAUUAUUGUCUAUUGUAGAUUUUUUUGUUAAUACACAUGAUGAACAUGUUCUUUCCUAAAUUAUACAUGUUACGAAAUACCAUGCCGAAUGCAACAUGUUUGGAGCGUCUGCUUUCUUAAGAGCCGGAACUACUUUCAGUGGUUUGUUUACCUAGUCCCCAGAUGACCCCUUGACUUGAUCAACAUUUGUUUAUGAAUUUUGUGCUUGCUAGCAGUCUAUUUAUCUAAACGAAUUCAAACUUGAUAGCAGAUGGCCGUAUAUAAACAUUUUAUACUGUGUUUCUCUUGGAUACAUAAUGUGUCAACAACGCUCUAAAUAUCGGCAAUGUUUACCUAACAUUUCGCGCACCGCGAGUCAACAAAAAUGAAAUUACACGAUAAAGUUCUGACUAGGGUAUUAAUAUUUCAAUUUUGUUUAAUUCUAAAAGCACCAUCAUGCAAGUUUGCAUUUGGGAUUAAGUUAUGUCUUACUCAUUACAAAUGUGCGCUUUUCUGUGUUUAUUAGUUUUUGUUGUUUAGCUGAUAAGAGAAUAUUUGUUGUAAGGGUGCGUGUUAUGCAUGUAACCCUCUCAAACAGCGCUCAUACAAACAAUUUAUGGUCCACUUUUUAGUUUCUUAUCCUUUUGCAGGAAAGGAGAAGUGUCUGGGUUAACUAACACCUCAUAGAUUUGACAUUUUCUGGUUACAAACAGUAAAAACUUGUAAAGUUAUAAUAAUAAACUGUUAUUAUAAUUCCUAUAAAGAAAAUUCGAGUCAUAUAAUUUAAGCUAUAUUGUUAGUACCAUGCAUUUGUUAUUUAAAGCUUCAUAAUCUUUCAUCACCAUUUUAUCUACCAAAUUGAAUUGCAAAA